AUGGCGCAGAGGGAGAUGGUUUUUCUGGUGACCUCCGCGCUGCUGUGCGGCCUUCAUCUGUCUGAGGGGAAGAUUUCAGAAUACCAGUUGGAGUCAGAGACCCUCAGCCACUGUGAGUUGCUACGAGGCCUUGCUUCAUCCCGGCAACAAGACCAUGUUUAUCAGUGCUCAGAGGAUGGACGGUUUAGACACAUCCAGUGCGGGCUGAGCGGUGUGGAGUGCUGGUGUGUGAAUGCCGAGGGAGCUGAGAUCUCCGGGACCAGACGAAACGGAACGGCUGUCAACUGUCUGACUUCCUGCCAGCUCCACAGACAGCAGGCCUGGCUGGAUGGCGAAGCCCCGCUGGUGCCCCGAUGCCAGACCUCCGGGGAGUACCAACCCGUGCAGUGUGACAGUGCCCAUGGCCAGUGCUGGUGCGUGGACGUGGAGGGCAUGGAGAUCUAUGGCACCCGGCAGAAUGGAAAGCCCUCUCAGUGCCCCGGCAGCUGUGAGGUCCGAUCACGUCGUCUCCUCCAUGGUGUUGGGGAGAGCUCCCCGCCUCUGUGCUCGGCUGACGGCUCCUUCUUGCCCGUGCAGUGCAAGUUUGUCAACACUACUGACAGGAUGGUCUUUGACCUGCUCCACACUUUCAACAGGUUCCCCAAAGUAUUCCAGACCUUCAGCAGCUUCAGACAGACAUACCCUGGGGUGUCCAGUUACUGUUUCUGUGCUGACAGCAGAGGCAGAGAACUUCCUAGCACAGGCGUAGAGCUUUUCCUAGACGAGGUGUACGACACAGCCUUCUCUGGCCUGGAAUCGGGCCGUUCUUUCUCCCAGACCAACAUUUAUCGUAUCCUACAGAGGAGGUUCCUGGCCCUCCGAUUGGCUACAACUGGCAGGUUCAGAUGCGCGUCCCCUUGUGAGAGCGAGCGAACCGCUGCGAUUGCAGCCGGCGGUGUCUUUGUGCCAUCCUGUGAUGCUAGCGGCGGUUACGUGCCAGUCCAGUGCCAGGCCGGGGGGCAGUGCUGGUGUGUCGACAGCGAAGGGAAGGAGAUCUCUGGGACGCGACGACUAGGAGGAACCCCUGACUGUGGUGCUGCUCUGAAGGACUGUCCGUCUGAGCGCCGUCAGGCCCUAUCCCGACUCCUCUCUGGCCCCUCAGGGCAGGACCCCCCGACACACCCAGACCGCCUCUCUCCCUGUCACCCCCAGCUGCACCAGCUCCUCCUGGGGUCUCUCCCCGAGUCGGACCGAGACAAUUUAGAAGACGUCCUUGCCGAGACUGUCCAGGGACUGUUCCCUAGUGGAGCGAUGGCCCUCAAAGCCCUGGCCCUGGCCUCCGACCCCAAGAGGCUCCUGGAGAACUUGUUCGGGGGAAAGUUCUUGAGGAACACAGUGAGCUUUAACUUCACAGGGGCUGUCGGAGUCAGUGGCACACACAAGUUCAGCCAGGCCCAUCCGAAAACCAACCAAGACCUGGUAAAACUCAUCAGCGCCACCCUAGAGAACCCAGACUUCCUUUCUGCCCUGGGCCAAACCAUCCUCCUAUACAAAGCACAGGACAGCACCCGGAUAGGUGAGCUCCUCAGGACUCAGUUUGAUAGCGCCCAAUCAGGUGGCUGUGAGAGGGAUCCCUCUGCCCUGUACGUGCCCAGCUGCCAUGACAACGGUCAGUAUGAGGACGUCCAGUGCCAUGGCUCAGAGUGCUGGUGUGUUGACCCCCGAGGUCAAGAGGUCAUGGGGUCACGAGCCACAGGCAAAAGGCCAAGGUGUCCAUCUCCGUGCGAGGUUGAGCGUGCGGCAGCCCAGAGGGUGAAAUCGAGCCGGGCUGCAGGGGUUGAGAUUUUCUUGCCGAAGUGCGCGGAGGACGGGAGCUAUGUGACCCUACAGUGUCUGGGGAGAAGCUGCUUCUGCCUGGAUCACCAGGGCAACCGCCUGGGAGACCAUCACGACGCCAGCGCCAUUGGACAAGCCUUUCAGUGUCCUUCUCCCUCUCCUCCUCCCUCUCCUCCUCCCUUUCAAGCCCCAGUGGGCUCCUGUGCCCUGGCUGCAGGAGUAGUAGAGGAGUUCCUGGAAGAUGCUGAGCGUCUGAUACUCCUAUCCAACCGCUCUCACACACCUGUGGGCUACAGCUACCUGCUGUCUGAGGGGCUUCGUCUGAGCCCUAACGAACUGCUCCAAGCCCUCCCCACAGAGACCACGCUGCUGUCUGACAAGCUGCUUAGCCAAUCAAAAUCUGCUCUACAACUGGCUGUCCACUCCACCCUUCAGUUCUACUGGCGCAGUCGGUGGGCAUCGUCCUUGGAGGAGAGGACGUCUGUGCUGAUGGGCUACCAGCCCUACAGACCUCAGUGCGACGCCCACGGUCUGUGGGUGCCCACCCAAUGUCACCCCAGCUCAGGUUCCUGCUGGUGUGUGGAUGAGAAAGGAGUCUUUAUCUCCGGCACUCCGGUUAGGCGUCCGACGCGGAGACUGGAGUGCCAGACCCGUUGUCAGAGGGAGCACGACCAGUCUCUGCUUUCUGAUUGGACGUCCAGUUCCUCUUUCACCCCGACAUGUGACACAAGUGGCCAAUUCUCUGUGCUCCAGAAGGACCGUUCAGGCCGAGAUGAAGCCUGGUGUGUCAGUCCCUUCACUGGGGAAGUCCUCCGGCCUGCUGCCUUGAGGCCCACAGGAGGCCCCUCAUGUCCUAGCUGGUGCCAGUUGCUGAAGGACAGCGGUCCCGCCAGACCGGGUUAUGACCCAGAUUGCCAGAUGGAGGGAGCGCUGUUCACCCCUCGGCAGUGUGACCAGACGGACUGCUGGUGUGUGUCUCAGACCGAUGGACAGGAGCUCCCACUGACCAGGACCCCACGCAGCUCAGGGGAUGGUCCUACCUGUGACAGUCCACAGUGCCCAUCUCCCCACUCUGACCCCAUUUCCCAUGGUGAUGUUGUCUGUCUCUCUGAGUUGGUUGGUGGUCAGCAAAGCUGUGACUUAAUCUGUCACCUGGGUUAUGAAAGCACACUUCCUGUGAACACGUUUCUGUGUGACAUGAAGACCAGAAAGUGGAUGACGGAGGCCCCACUUCCUCAAGCCUGCCAGAGACCUCAGGUGCUGCAAACAGUCCAGACGUCUGUUGUGCUGCAGCUCUCUCUGGCUCCAGGUCAGGAACCCUGCAGCUCCUCCCUUUACUCCAGGCUGCAGAUCUCUCUUCUGCAGAACAUGAGGGCCAAGGGUCUCUGCAGUCUGCAGAUGACUUCCUCAGGCCAGUCCGGAGCUGUGUCAGUGUGUGACGACUCCUCUGUGUCGGUGGAGUGCGUGACCGCGGAGAGUCUCCGUGUGGAGGUCAGCUGGAGGGUUCAGCUCUCAGACCUCCCUGUUUCAGCUCUGCCUGACCUGCAUGACAUUGACGUGGCGCUCAGUGCAGAUAGGCUGUUGGAUGGGCUGCUAGGCCUGAUGGGUAGUGAACCCUACCAGUCCCUCGUGACCUCUGAACCAGGGGUUAUCUCGACCUUAGCCCCCAGCUUUGGUUGCUCCAGUGGUUACCAGCGUGUUACGGCAGGAACAGGAUGUGUGGUGUGUCCUGCAGGUACGUUCUCCAGCGGGGGACUGUGUUCCCCCUGCCCCCAGGGUUCCUACCAGGACCAGGAAGGGACCGACUUCUGCACCAUGUGUCCCAAAGGAACCACCACCGCCGCCAACGGAGCCUCCAGCUCAACACACUGUUUGACCGAAUGUCAGCGCAGUGGUCUGAGGUGUUCUGAGGAAGGGGACUUCCUGUCGGCCCAGCAGGACAUCCGGACCAGCAGGUGGCGCUGUGUGACAUCCAGUGGAGAGUCUCUGGACUGGACAUCCACUCGCCUGCCCCUGCUUCCAGAGGAGUGUGCAGUCUUGGAGAAGUUUGAGCCUGUUCCCAGAUCGGCGUUGUCUCUGGAAGCAGAAGGCUCCAUCGUCCUUAGUUCAGAGACAUCCGAUAUGGCCAUUGAGAACCAACUCAGGAAGUGUGUGUCAGUUUGUGCCCAGGACCAGACCUGCCUCCAUGUUGGCCUGUACUCAGACGCAGGACAAACCCGCUGUGACCUCUACAGCACAGACGGAGCUAAUAUCGAGUGCCAGCCCUCGGAGCAAACCAAAGGAUUCCUUGGAAAUCCAGAAGCCGAUGUGUUCUCGUCCCUCAACUGUACCCUGAAGGUGAAAGUGUCUUACAAAGAAGACCUACUGGUCAUCAGGAAGAAAGGUCAUGAAUUUACCACUCAGACCCAGAAGACCUUUGUGAGGCUGGGUUUCCGUAAGGCCGGCUCCGGCGUGUACCGUACGGUGGUGUUUGCAGCUGAGGGAACCUCGCUGACAGAUGUCCAUCGUUUCUGUCAGGAUGAGUGUGCCCGCAACACCUGCUGUGACGGCUUCAUUCUCAAUCAGAACAUUCUGGACAGAGGUGUGAUCAUGUGUGGGCUCUUCAGCUACCCGGACAUAUUGCUGUGCAGUGAGACAGACUGGGACAUGUCAGGCCUGGCCCCGGCUCACAGGAUCUGUGGAGCUGGAUUGACCUACAACAAACUGCAGAAACAGUUUGUCUUCAACUUUGGAGGACAGGACUUUGUCAUCACCGAUGCGGCUUUGCCAGCUUCGAGCAAAAACAAAACCGACUACCAGGCCACCAUUAUUGGGUUCCAGGCCAUUUACCUCUGGAAAGAGUCUGACAUGACCAACCGUGACAAGACCUCAUCAGCCUGCGGCAGUCUUCUCAACCCCCAGGCCACGAAUGUCCUUCUGUCAGAUGCCGUCAAGGAGACGUUUGUACCCCUGGAUGGCAGUGCAGUCGUCGUGGACCCAGAACGGGACAUCCCCAGCCUACAGUUCUGGAUCUUCAGACACCAGUUCUCUGUGCAGCAGGCUCAGUUGUGGUGUCUGAAACGCUGCGAGGAGGAGGAUCUCUGUCACGCCAUCGACGUGAGGGACGAGAGCCCGAUGUACUUUGCGUGUGUCCUGUACCCUGACACCCGAGUGUGUGGCUCCUACGAUAAACCACUCCGACAGGCCUGCAGCAUCCCAUUGCCCCAGCAACCUCAGACCACACACAUCAAGAAGGUUAAUCUCACUGGUAGCGUGGAGAGUUUCUACAGCCGCAUUCCCUUUAAGAAGAUGGUGUCCUAUUCUGUCCGCAGCCGAGUCAACCUGAGUGCCAAGCCUAUCACAGAGGGUUUCCGUGAAUGUGAAAGAAGAUGCGAUGAAGACCACUGCUGUCGUGGAAUUGGAUAUGUCAGGGACACCCAGUCACCUGGAUCAGACAUCCUCUGUCUGACUCUGAACAGCUUUGGCAUCCAGACAUGUGGUGAAGGAGAGCAGACCACCUGGAGAGUCCAGGACUGCAGCCCCUCCAAAGUAGAAGCCGGAGUAUACCCGCUGGGCUGGUACGAGAAACCAGUGAAUCAGUGGACUAGGUCUCCUAGACUGUGCCCGCGUUUCCAACUACGUGCUCCUUCAAGGAAUGUGAGUUUGACUCAGUGGAGACUUCUGGAUGAGUCUUCUACUCUGGUGGAUUCUUCAGUCUCCUCGUUCGACGUCAUCCACAUUAGUAAAGACAUCGCUGCAGACUUGGACCGAACAAAGUCCUGGUGUCUGUCCGAAUGUGAGCAGGAGGAGUCCUGUGUGUCCGUGUCAGUGGAGAGGACCGACUCGGCUGUCCGCUGCGUUCUUUACCCAGAAACCCUGGCCUGUGCCCCCUCCUCCGCCUCCGGAGGUCAGGACUGCCGUCUGGUCAUCAGAGAGCCAGCCCUCCUGGUCUACCGCCGCAAAGAGCUGAGGACAGAGUUGACGUCGGUGUUCAUCCCAGCACACGGUACCCUCCAGGGAGUCGCCACGACAACGCCUCUCGGCCCCUCCUUGAAAACAGUCAGCCAGUUUUUGGGGGUCCCGUACGCACGUCCGCCAGUCGGAGCCCUCCGUUUCGCUGCGCCGAAGCCUGCGGAAUGGACUGCCACUUGGGAUGCUACUGUUGCCAGACCAGGUUGCUUGCAGCCUGGAGACAUGAACUCCUCGUCCACCAGCGAGGACUGUCUGUACCUGAACGUCUUUGUCCCAGCUGGCACCAGGGGGGGGGCAGCAGUCCUGGUCUUCUUCCACAACCCGUCUGGAGCCGACGGAUCACCCCUGUUGGACGGAUCCUACCUGGCUGCCAUCGGCAACAUUGUCGUGGUUACCGUCAACACCAGGGUGGCCUCGUUUGGAUUCCUCAGCACAGGCUCCGGCGUCGUCCCUGGGAACGCGGGUCUCUGGGACCAAGUGGCGGCUCUAAAGUGGAUCCAGGAGAACGUCAGGGUGUUUGGAGGGGACCCGGGGCUGGUGACGGUUGGUGCCGAGCGGAGCGAAGCCGACGUGGCCAGCCUCCAUCUCACCUCUGCCUCCGCCUCGUCUCUCUUCCGUAGGAUGAUACUCAUGGGAGGAUCCGUGUUCUCCCCUGCCUCUGUGCUGAGUUCAUCAAAGGCCCAGAGACAGACGGAGGCUCUGGCCCAGGAGCUGGGAUGUCCCCUCUCCUCUUCCCCAGAACGGUUGGCCAGCUGCCUGAGAGCCGUCCCGGCACAGAUCCUGAAUGCAGCCCAGACCAAGUUGCUGGGUGUCAGUGGGCCCCUGCAGGCCUGGGGUCCCGUAGUGGAUGGGAUCUACGUCCAGGGCGACCCCUCUAUGGCCCUGAUGAACGGGGGCUUCCACAGAGUUGACCUCCUGCUGGGGUCCUCUGAAGAAGACGGCCUUAUCAGCAGGGCCAAGAGAAUCAAGAAAUUUGAAGAGCUACAGGGUCGAGCUGACAGCAAAACCGCUUUCUACGAAGCCCUGUCGAACUCUCUGGGUGGAGACGGGGCCAGUGCUUUGGUGAAGGAGGCUGCAACGUGGUUCUACUCCAUGCAGCAUUCUCCCACACCAGCUGGGUACAACCUCUUCUCACAGGCCUUAAACAAUGCAACCAGGGAUCUCUUUAUUGUGUGCCCCAUCAUCAAGAUGGCUGCCUUCUGGGCGGCUAACACCACAUCCAACGUUUUCAUGUACCACCUGCCUGAGGACACAGCCCAGACCAGCGUUGACCUGUCUGUGCCCCUGGAUGUCCAGUACGUGUUCGGCGUUCCCCACAGCCGCCUGACCUACGACCUGUUCACUCCCGCGGAGAGACGCCUCUCGUUGCAGAUGAUGAGCUACGCGGCCAACUUCAUCAAGUCUGGAAACCCCAACCAUCCUCUCAGCAGGUCGGGUGUGGCCUUCAGCGAGACGGUACUGCCCUCGUGGCCCGCCUUCCUGCCCCACCCUGAUGGAGGCAGCUACAUGGGGGUGGAGCCAGGCCUCCGGAAACACAGGGGCCUCCGCAGGGCCCAAUGCUCUUUCUGGGGAGACUACGUCCCCGCCCUGGGUGUCGCCACUGAGAAACUUUCACCUGCUCUAUUGGACAGAGAGUCUGACCAUCUGAGAUUCCCAACACAAGAUACGCCAAAGUUAUUUGUUGAUUUUCUGUCUACUGUUACCCAGAGCAACCCCAAAUCUGAGAAGGAUGCUUAUAAUUAGACAGUGACAUUAACAAUGAGCACCAUCUAAUCUGCUUUCAGGAAACACUAUUUGUACACUUUAUUAAGCCUUGUUGUAAUCUUGUGUUGUUAUCGUAUUUGUGUACUUCUAUUUGAAACAGGAACCACAGUUGUCUGUCCAUAAAUUCAAUAACUCAUAAUUGAACUACCUGUUAUAGUUUCCACAAUAGAAAUGAAAUCAACAAUAAAUUCAAUUUCA